AAACAGGCUCGCGUUGCGCGAAUGUUGGCAUUUUCAGCACAGCAUCGGCAAAGGAACGGAAUCAAAGUAAGCGCUCCUUGUAAAAGGAAGAGGGGCUCUUUCACCGUCUCUGACUGGUCGAAUUAAUAACUGAUGAGAGGGACUGAAUCUGGUGAUGCGUUUCUGCUGGAGAGAAGGCGGCUGAGUAGAGACGGCAGUUCCAUCUCCUCGCGCUGGCUGGGCUUAAAAGUGAGGUCCCCGGUUCAUCUGCGGCGCAACUAAAUCAAGAAAGAUGACUCCUGGAGAUUCUACCGCGACUGCUCAUUGCAAGCAAGAUGCUCUUUGGACAGGCUGCCUCUCUUCUUCAUCCUCGUCCUCCUCAUCCUCCAUCGCAGCUGCGGACGCUGGCCCCGUGUGCCCAGCCCACCUGGUCUGAGCUCAGAGAGUUGGCGACAGUGCAGGAGCGCCUGUUCCCAUUCUAGCCCUCACCUUCUCUCCUCUCUCUCUGUCUCUCUCUGUCUCUACUCCUGGUCUGUCUGCAUUCUCUCUCCCUCUCUCUCUCUUUCUCCUUUUCUGGCUUCAUGGCCUUCCUCCUGCCAUUUGUGCUCUUCCUAGUUCUGUGGACACAUGCAGCCCCCCACCCCCCAGACUAUGGCCACGGAGCGGAGGGGCCGGGGCCGGGGUCCCUGAAUCCGGCCAAUGAGACGCAGGACUCCCCCACGCUGGAGGGACCCCCAGGGACCAGCAAACGGGUCCCGCAGAGCAUUAUCAUCGGGGUGCGUAAAGGGGGCACGCGUGCCCUGCUGGAGAUGCUGGACAUCCACCCGGACAUCGUGGUGGCGGCCACGGAGGUGCACUUCUUCGACUGUGACGAGAACUAUGCCAAAGGCCUGGACUGGUACCGGGAGCUGAUGCCCUUCUCCUGCGCGCACCAGAUCACGGUGGAGAAGACGCCGGGCUACUUCACAUCGGCACUGGCGCCCGAGCGCAUCCGCCAGAUGAACAGCUCCAUCAAGCUGCUGCUGAUCCUGCGCGACCCGACGGAGCGUGUCAUCUCCGACUACACCCAGGUCUACUACAACCGCCUGGAGAGCCGCAAGCCCGUGCAGGUCAUCGAGGACAUCCUGGUGCGCAACGGCGCCCUCAACACCCGCUACAAGGCCAUCCAGCGGAGCCUGUACGACGUGCACAUGCGCGGCUGGCUGCGCCACUUCCCGCUGGAGCAGAUCCACCUGGUGGACGGGGACACGCUGAUCCGGGACCCGCUGCCCGAGCUGCAGAAGGUGGAGCGCUUCCUCAACCUGCCGCCUCGGAUAGUGGCCUCCAACUUCUACUUCAACCAGACCAAGGGGUUCUACUGCAUCCGCAGUGACGGGCGGGAGCGCUGCCUGCAUGAGUCCAAAGGGCGCCCCCACCCUAUGGUCAACGGUACUGUCCUGCAGCAGCUCCGGGCGUACUUCCAGGAGCACAACCGCAACUUCUUCAGGAUGGUCAAGCGCUCCUUUGAUUGGCACUAGGGUGACCCCGCCUUCCCUGCUGAUGGGGUUUAGAGGGGUGAAGCACUUUACAAUCGACCCCCUCCCUCCCCCUCAAUGCUCCUUUACAAAUGCCUUUGCAGGUCACGCAUAAAUAGGACAGUUUUAUAAAGAGACAGAAACUCAUGGCAUCGUCAAAGAUUGAGUGUUUAAUCCUCUGUGCUGUACGUGAAACGAUGCAGAUAACUGCGACCAAAAUUUGUGA